AUGCCCUGUGCAUUAAUUAGUGAUGAAGGCACGUAUUUCAUCCACCGCAUCAUCCCCAACCCGUUGAUCAAAUUUAAUGUCAACCACAGAGUCACAACUGCUUAUCACCCACAAACCAAUGGGCAGGCAAAAAUCUCCAAUCAAGAAAUCAAGACCAUCUUGGAAAAGGUAGUCAGUACCUCUAGGAAAGAUUGGUCGCCCAAGCUUGAUGAAGCACUAUGGGCAUAUAGAACUACCUUUAAGACUCUAAUCGGUAAAUUGAAGUCCCGUUGGUCUGGGCCAUUCCAAAUCAUGACUAUCUUUCCCCAUGCUGCAGUGGAGUUAACAAGCGAGGAUGGAAGCAAUGCAUUCAAGGUCAAUGGUCAAAGAAUUAAACCCUACUAUGGGGGUAAUAUGGAACGGCGCAAAGAGACCAACGACUUGAGCCGACAAAUCUGA